GUGUUCUGUUUUUUUUUUUUUUUUUUUUUUUUUUUUUUGCUCUUGAGGUUUUUAUUUAUUUAGUUUUUUGGGAUAUCCUAUAUGUGGUUAAAUUUUUAGUUGUUUGGGGUUAUUCUUUUAGUACUGUCAAAAUUCUGAAAUGAUUGGAUAGUCCAACGUUAAAGAAUAAAGCUUAUGUUGAGUUGUUGAAUUUUCUCGUGAUUUGAUUUUUAAACAAGAUUGGUGAAAAGUUUUCUUUUAAUUUUUGAAUUGUCUUGUACCUUAGACAUCUGUACAUGUUUAAAUAUAUUAUGGAUAAGGUUUUCAAGGAUUUUCCGAGUGUUUGUUACUGGCAGUCUUUCCAGAACAAGGGAUUUUGGAUGCCCAAGGGUGCUGGACUUGUUAAUGAUGGAGAUGCAACUUACGGCAACCCUUCAAGAAUUGAGCCAAAGCGGCCUCAUCAAUGGUUUGUAGAUGCUGCUGAACCAGAGCUGUUCCCGAACAAGAAGCAAGCAGUACAUAUUCCAAACAGCAAAUUGGGCUCCGGAAUGUCAAAUGAAAAUGUCUCUUCUUGGGAGAACGCUUCUAGCUUCCAGUCAGUUCCACACCAAUUCAUUGACCGGUUAUUUGGAUCUGAUACAGCAAGCUCUGUCAACUUUGCCGAGAGGAACAUAUCUCCUGUCGGAUCAGAUAAUUGGAAUAUAAGAAAGGGUAUCGAUGACCAGUUUGGAGAAGAUUCGCCUGUUAGUUUGUCAGUAUCUCAUGCCAUGGAAGAUCCUGAAACAUGUCUUAACUAUGCUGGAAUUAGAAAAGUUAAAGUCAAUCAGGUCAGGGACAGUGACAAUGGUAUGCAUGCUUCACGGGAACAUGGUUCUAAUAGGGGAAGUAACAGUAACCUGUCCUCAAGUCAGGCAUUUGAUAGGGUAAAUGAAACUGCUUUUUUAUCAGUGGGGCAGGCCUAUGAUAAGGAGCAUGGCAGUGUCACACUAAUAGGACAUCCCUACAACCACGGGGAUGCCCAUGUCAGACCAAUAGAUACCAACUAUGGCAAGGGAGAUGAAAAUGCAAUAUCAGUUGGUGACAAUUGCAGUAAAGGGAAUGCUAAUAUGAUAUCUUUUGGUGGGUUUCCUGACGAACAAGAUAUUAUCCCCAUAGGCAGGCCUGUUGGCAACUAUGAUCAAUUGUACCAUCCAGAUUCAGUUCAAACAUUGGAAACUUCAUACGAGAAGGACUUGGAUGCAUCAAAUGCCAGUGCGGUUGAUAAUACUGCUUCUUUAGCUAAACCAAGACUGGAAUCAGUUUCUAAGAAUAAACCUGAGAUCAAACCGUCAAGGAAACCAGCUCCAAACAGCUUUCCCUCAAAUGUUAGAAGCUUGAUUUCAACUGGCAUGCUUGACGGGGUUCCUGUAAAAUAUGUUUCCUUGGCACGUGAGGAGCUUCGCGGAAUUAUAAAAGGUGUUGGCUACCUAUGUGGGUGUCAAUCAUGUAAUUAUGCUAAGGUUCUAAAUGCAUAUGAGUUUGAGCGCCAUGCUGGUUGCAAAACAAAACAUCCAAACAAUCACAUAUACUUUGAGAACGGGAAGACCAUCUAUCAGAUAGUGCAAGAAUUAAGGAGCACCCCUGAGAGCUUGUUAUUUGAUACACUUCAAACUGUUUUUGGUGCUCCGAUCAAUCAGAAAUCUUUUCACAGCUGGAAAGAAUCAUUUCAAGCAGCAACUCGUGAACUUCAGCGUAUUUAUGGAAAGGAGGAACUGAACUUGUAGGAGUAUAUGUAUAGGCUUUGCUCAGAUUAUAAGAUUGGAUAAUGUUUUGAUGCGCCGGGAAUAUUCACUUUGGUAAAUUAUGUGUUUUCUAUGGAAAAUUGAUGGAGGAAUUGACACUUUUUUUUUUAUAUAUUGGGUACAUAGUUUAUGUAAAUGUGAGUCUGCUUCAAUUCCCCUUGUCUUUUUACCGGCAUAAGGGAGACUAAUAAACAAACGGCGUAAGUUGGCGCUAUGCUUGUCCUU